GAGAUGGUUUUUACUAUCUUUCGAGCUAUCCCAAAGAGACAAAAAUCUUUGAAGACCUUCCGAACCAUCCCCCUGACUUCAAAAGGGCUUUUUUCUGGACAGACGGUCUGUUCCCGUCUCGACAUCGUUCGUUUAGGCGAAUUCGUAAGUAUUCUCGUUACUUUCUAUUUUUGAGCUCGAAUCUUUAGUCCUUGUAUCCAUGUUUAGUUGAAGUGUAUCUCGCCUUUCAGCUAACUUUCAGCGUCCCACCCCCGACGAGACAAUGAAGGAGCACAGAGGGAGCCUGCUCCGACUCCCUUAUGGCAGGAGGUCUCUUUCAUUUCUGUUACAUGAGGACAAGCUUCGAGCUUGUGGCUUGUUGGGACAGGGCCAGUCAACCUCUGACUGGUCCAGUAAAAAAUACGAACGCUGGGAGGAAGUGCCUCUGCCCACAGGCAUCCUUCCUCCGAGGAGGGAAAGGAAAGCACCUCUCCCAAUUCGCUCGAGAAGUCCGCGGUCAGGGAACGAGGCAAAUGAUGAAGCCUCGGGUUCGGACUCCGAUGGAGGUAAAACCCUUCCUACUUCGCGAAUGUGGUCUCCCACUUUAUUAAAACACAGGCCCAAUAGACUAGUCUCGUGCCCACAGGAUAGAUAUCACUUCUACAUAUGGAGUUGGGUAGAUGACUGUGUCCAUAGGUUUGAUAGUGGGCUCGGGAAAUACGACACUAUGUAUACCACAGACGAGAUGUGGAAUGGGAUAGCUGUGCAGUAUGGGACCAAUGACUAUAGGGACCUUUCGAGGUUAUCACCAACUUAUAGGGAAGGCCCUCCCCCCGCCUCUUCUGAAGACGGGGGAAUUUCAUGGUCCCCAAGCUCGAUCUCGGGGGAAAGUUCCAGCAACAUGGACUCCGACCUCGACGCCCUCAUCGACAAUGCGGGUGCCAAGAGGAGCAAGCGCCCCAGGGCAAGGGGACUGACAACCAGUCAGCCUGGGAAAAGCUCCAAGAGAUCUAGGAAAACGCCUCCUCCUCCCCCGCCGGCUUCGAGCUCUGCUGCUGCGUCGACUGGCCAGACUAACGUCCCCACGACGAUACCACCCUCGCAGGCCGUCGUCCCUGUGGUGGCGCCGGCCUCGCAGACUGAUAUCGCUGCCGUGGUUGAAUCCCAACCUCCUGUGGCGGGUCAAAUGCCUUCUACCCAGCUCGUCAAAAGACCUUCUGCUUCCCGAGCCCAGAAGCUAACUAUUUCCACCCAUAUGGAUUCAUAUGUCUUUUACAAAACUGUCACUCGAUUUUUGCAAAACUUCUAA